CGAAGCUUCGUACCUUGGGAUGCCAGAAGAAGAUGUUUUAGACGAGGCCCUGAAUUUUAGUACAAAACAUCUGUUAGUGUUAAGGAAGAAGAUGGAUGGAAAUAAAGCUGAGCAAAUACAACAAUCACUGGAAUAUCCACUGCACUGGAGGAUGCCCUGGACAGAAGCACGAGAUUUCAUUGCUAUCUACCAAUAUGAUGCUAAGAUGAAUUCGGUUUUGCUCGAGCUUGCCAAGUUGAACUUCAAUAUCAUGCAAUCUGUUUAUCUGAAGGAGCUGCAGGAACUAGUGGAGUGGUGGGAGGACUUGAACUAUAAGGAAAGGCUACCUUUUGCUCGGGAUAGGCUACUUGAGUGUUAUUUUUAG